ACUGGGGGGGGAACUGACUUGGUGUCACUGACAUCCCCAGUGACACCAAUACAAUGAUCAGUGCUAAUAAAAAGCACUGACACUAUACUAAUGGCACUGGGCAGGAAGGGCCCCUACCCAGAAAUGCAAAAUCACGUAUAUAUCAAAGGGUUAACUGUGUUCAUGAGUGUUUUACUGGGGGGAGGUGUCUGUGUGCUUCACUGUAAUCACACUGCUUUGGAUGGCUGUGCUGUGCACAGCCAUCCAGAGCAGUGUACCCGAGCUGACAGGGAGGAGAACUGUUAGUAAACAAAACAGUUCUCCUCCUCGUCGGAGAUGUUCGGAAAUCACUGGGCCGGGAG